AUGGAAGACAACUUGAUGCACCCCGCUCCGACGUCAGCGGAACUCAGGGCCACCAUGGCUUGGUCUCGCAUCUCGAACCAACUUGGGCACUGGAACGACCGCAAGAUCAUUGCCAUUCCUCUGAGCGACUUCACUAUCGCCCACCCUGACAUUCAUGCUGGCAUCGUCGCCGAAUACAAGAAAGCGACUGGUGAAGAGGGCAUGUUUGCUCGCGAUACCGAGGCACUGGAGAUCAUGCUGCUUGGCCCCGUCAAGCUGUUCAAGCCCGAUAGUGUCGUCGUUGAGGGCAAUCUGUUCUGGGAUCCCAAGGGCAUCCAUGCUGAGGCACCCAAGCAGCAGCAGAAGAAGAAGGCCAAGAUUCCUCGUCCGCCCAAUGCCUACAUCUUGUACCGCAAGGACCAUCAUCGUCAGAUCCGCGAACAGAACCCUGGACUGCACAACAAUGAGAUAUCGGUCAUUGUUGGCAACAUGUGGCGUGAUGAGCAGCCGCACAUUCGCGACAAAUAUUUCAGCAUGGCCAAUGAGAUCAAGGCUAGAUUGUUGCUGGACAAUCCCGACUAUCGGUACAAUCCCCGUCGGUCUCAGGACAUUCGCAGGCGCGUUUCGCCGUAUCUCAAGAUCAAGCUCCUCAAUUAUGACGGCAACGGCAACCUUCUUUGGGGCACCGUUAACGCCGAGGAUGCCGCGCUGAUCCGCACUCACUUCCAUGGAGUCGUCCGUGUCGAGGAAACAGACGAAGGUUGCAGAAUUGUCUGCCGUCCUGUCGCAGGAUCUAGGAAGCUUCGCGCCGCCAACGUAGACACAUGGAUGCCUCGCUAUACGGUUGAUGCCACUCCCAUCUCUGAGGAAGAUGAGGCAGCAUAG